GUCGCAUGCCGCUGGUAUGUUGCUCUGACCAGCAGCUGUAACGUGACAACGUAUAAAAACAUGGACACCAUCAAGCUGCUGUCACAGCGUGUUUACACGUGGGGAGCAAACAGUUAUGGGCAGCUCGGGCAAGGGAAUUGUGAAGAUUUGUUGGAGCCCCAGAGUGUGGACAAUACACUUCCAAUAGGAGAUGUGCGCAGUCUUGUGGGAGGCGGCGGACAUUCUGUGCUCCUAACAGAGGCAGGAGAGCUUUUUGUGUGUGGUCAGAAUCACAAAGGACAGCUGGGACUUGGCCAUGCCAUAGAUGUCACAAGCUUUCACCUCUGUGCUUUGCCAGUCCAGAAGGCCGUGCAUCAGGUUUCCUGUGGCUGGGAUUUCACACUCAUUUUGACAGACGAUGGCCAGGUGCUGUCAUGUGGAUCAAAUGCCUAUGGACAGCUGGGUCUCCCACACAUAGCAGGACAUGCUGCAGAGCCCCUGCACAUCCAGACUCUUACAGAGCCAGUAAUAAGUGUAGCAGCUGGGCUUCGGCACUCACUAGCUGUCACUGGCUCAGGGCAUGUGUACCAGUGGGGAACAGGUCUGUCCAGCCAGGCCAAGCGGGCAUUGAGUCCCCAUCCUGUCCCAGCACACCUUGUUUCAAUGGAGCCCUGUCCAGUACCAGGGCUGGACCAUGUGACACCAUGCAAGGUUGCAGCAGGUGCUAGCCAUUGUGUAUGUCUUACUGCAGCGGGAGAUUUGUUCGUGUGGGGAAGCAACAAACAGGGUCAGCUGGGCAACACAGGGACCUUCAUUCCCCAGCCAAUGCUUUUGGACUGCACUGUGAUGGGGGGAGAAACUGUCACAGAGAUAUGGAGUGGCUGGACACAUCUGGUGGCAAAAACAGACAGUGGGAGGGUAUUCUCAUGGGGCCGGAGCAAUUAUGGACAGCUGGGAAGACCAGUGCUUGGAAGUCAGAGUUCAAGGCUUGAGUCAGGUAACCCCACAGCAGAGGACUCCAUCCUUCUGGCGUGUAUCCCUGUGGAGGUGAAGACCCUUUCUGGGGUGACGCAGAUUGCUUGUGGAUCAGAACAUAACCUGGCCAUCGUUGGGGGUUGUCUACUGUCGUGGGGCUGGAACGAACAUGGGAUGUGCGGAGAUGGCUCCACAACAGAUAUCACACAACCUCAACCAAUCCCGGCCCUCCGGGAUGCCAGGCCACUCCUAAUUGGUUGUGGGGCAGGACACUCUAUGGCACUUUGCCUUGUGAGUGGAAACCAGGCAAAACACCCUCAAGAAAGCACUACCAGUCCAGAGAAGAGAACAUUUCCUACAAAAGAUUAGACCCCUGGCCAGUGCAGCAUGAAGCUCUGGAUUUCCCCAGGCAGUAAUUGGACCGAGCAGCGACCUUGACUUAAAGAAAAGACCCUGCCAAAAAUUUCAUGAACAAUACUUCCACUUACAUUGUCUAAGGUUCAAGUCUACUAUAAGAGUUAUUGCUUGUGGAAUGAACUGAGGUCCUACAUUUUGUGCUUGAUGUUUUCGUGGUUACCUCUGCUGUAUUUGACAAUAAGAAGAGCAAGUGCAUUUAUGUAAAUAUUUACUAUUUAUUUCUGACAUUUCUGAGUCAUUUUGGCAAAAUUUAUAUGCAGGCAAUAUACAUCUGAAUUGUAAAUGUCCAGUUAAUACUUUGAACAAGCUGUUCAUAUGCAACAAAAAAUGUAACAUUCUUAAAAUUGCACUUUACCAGGAGAUUGUUAGAGAGAAAGUAGACUGCAAAUCUGCAUAGUUCACUUGUUGAACUUUGGCAUCAGUGUAUCUAUUUUCCUGACCCCAGAAGUUACCAAAUGGUUGUGUCCACAAGCAUUUUUUGAACGUAAAAAUUUUCUUGUCCACAUGAAAUGUUUGGGAUCUCAACAGAUGCAAAUGAAUAGAUGGAAUUACACCAACAAAGGCAUUUGUGAAUAUAGCUGUGAAAUUAAUAUACAGCAAAGUCCUCCAGGAACUGAGAUUGAUUCCAUGCAUUUGCAUGAACAAACUAAAAGAUCAGUUUAAAUUGCAGAUAAAGUCACUGCAGUAACUACUAAUAAUAGCUGUUUCCAUGUUUCCCCAUUGGUAUUUAUCUGACAUUUAUUUUCAUUUUCAUAUUCAUUUUCAUCAUCUGUGUGAAAUCUCAAUAUGAAAAACAUUUUACAUGUCCCAGAGGAGUCAAGGGUGACAGAGUUGAUUUUUAGGCAGUUGCACUCAGAGCACAAGUAAUCAAAGUGAACACGGUAUUUGGGGAUUCAAUAAUUGGUGCAACCAAACCCUCUGUAAUUUGCCUGUCAACCUAAAACAAGUGUUGUUGAUGCACUGUUAGAUGUGCUCCAUAAAGUAUAAGAAAAGCUAUAGUAUGAGGAAGCUGGUGAAUACUUCUCACAAAACAAAACUAGAGGAACAAACAAAACAAAUUUCUUUUAAAAUGCAAGCAAAGAAAUCCAGCCUUUGACACAGGUACCACAAGCUGCUCAAAAAAUUGUUUCUAGCAACAGCCACACACCUUUAUUUAAUGCACCUCUAAUUAGGCUGCUGUGACACAUUAACAAAUGGCUGGCUUCAUAUGCACAUCAGACAAUUACAUUGACAACAGGCAAACAGUUAACAACUAACAGGUUCAAUUGAUGAAAUAUGAACAACUGUUGGUAGGUUUGAAUUGCAUGAAAGAAACACUUAACAUUUUAACAAUCCGCUAACUAACAACAAAAAUUCAAUU